CAGAUAGACUUUCUCUUUUGCCCUUCCAGCAAAACGGCAUUUGAGACGAAAUUAUAUUAAGCAUGGCCAACAAUGACGUGUUGAUUAUACUUAUACCCGUUGCACUUUGCUUAUUGGGCAUUUUAUUAUUGUUGGAAAUACGCGAACGAUUAAGGGCUGGUCCUGGAGGAGAAGGAGACAGCACAUUGUUGCGCACCUUAGACGAGGAUAGUGAUUCCGAACUGCUUGACGACUAUAUCGAUGAAACAGCAGAAGAUAAUAAUGAUCGUGGAGAAGGAUCUUCGACUGGGGUUCAUGUUAGAAAGAUUGGCAAGAAGAAAGGCGAAAAGCUGCGGAGAAAGGAGCAAAUGCGACAGUAUCGUGAAUAUAUGAAUCAGCAACGUGAUCUGCGACGGGCUCAGGAAGAAGUACUGGAGGAAGAAUUCCAAAGAAAAAAAGCAGAGGAAGCAAUACGAAGAGCUGAUGAGGUAAGUGAAAAACGCAGAAAGGAGAAGGAAAAGAAAGCCAAGCAAGAGGAAAAAGAACGAGUAAAGCGGGAAAAGGCAGAAGUAAAAGAGGCCAAGAAGAAACGCAGUCGGUUUGAUAAGUACAGUGGUCGCAUUGCAGAUGCUGCAAAGCGGCUCAAAAUUUGUAACAUGGAAACGUUAGCAAAUGCAUCCGGGUUUUCAGAAGAGGAAGCGACAGAUAUCUUAAAGGAGCUAUGUGCCACAUCCUCAGAGUUCCGGCUAUCGCUGUGGUCAGGAUCGACGUUCAUGUUUGUUACGGAAGAAGAUUAUGCAAAGCUGGCAGCGUAUUUGGAGAGGAAUGGCAAGACAUCGAUCAAACAUGCCAGUCAUGACAUCUUGGCGAUAUUGCAAGCGUGACCAGGAGGGGGUAGUAGCGGUAGAAACGCGAUAGGAUGAUUUGAAAAGAAGGAAGGGAAAACAAAAAA